AUGUCUGUGGUUGAUGAUGUCACCCACUCUGCCCCUGCUGUCCAGGUGGUGUUUGUCAGCACAUGUCUUCUCAUGUCUGUCCCUGGGCUCUGUAACUUUGAGACGGGUCACUGUGGGUACAUUCAAGACAAAGAGGGUGACUGGGUACUGGUGAGAGGGCCUACCCCCACUUCUUACACCGGGCUGAGGGUGGAUCACACCACAGGAGUCGGGUACUACAUGCACAUUGAGGCCUCUAACAUGCUGCCUGGUCAAAAUGCCCGACUAUUCUCCAAUCCUCUGAGGAGGUCCAUGGGUUCUCUGUGCCUGCGUUUCUUCUACCACAUGUAUGGCUUGGGCAUAGGUGAGCUCAGUGUUCAUCUGAGCAAGAAUGGAGAGGACGAAUUGCUAUGGAAACACACUGGAGAGCAGAGCAUCACCUGGCUGACAGCCACUGUGGAAUACCAAAGUGACCAACAGCAUCAGAUCGUAUUUGAGGCCAUCGGGGGUUCCUCAAUAAGAAGUGAUAUAGCCAUUGACAGCAUUGUGUUUGAAAGUGGACUGUGCCCAGGUAUUGUAUCUGUUGCCCGAUAA